AUGGGUGUUGUGUUUGUUGCUAAUGCUAUGAUCAUUGUGAGUAUCUGCAUAUUAUUGAUCAAUAAUGUAGUUGCAUCAAAUGUUUCAGAUUCAAACAGAGAAUUGAAGGCGUAUAUGGAUUUUGGAUGGCCUUAUAUCAACUCCAUUGCUCAUCACUGUCAUUGGAAAGGCAUCACUUGUGAUAAUCAUGGCCGCGUUGCAGAGAUAAGCCUGCAAUCUCGAGUAGGAUGCAAUGAUGAUGAAUCUUGGUGGUGUCACGAUGUUGGCUAUUUGGAUCCGCUUGUUUUCACAUCUCUGACUAGCAUUCAUCUCACCUCAUGUGGUCUCUAUGGAGUUAUCCCAUCACAAAUAGGUUAUCUCUCCAACUUAUCUUAUCUCAAUGUGUCUCAUAAUCAUCUACUCACUUCUGAGCUACCUCUUUCAUUGGCAAAUCUGAGUGAAUUACUUGUGCUCGACCUCUCUUCUAAUGAGUUUUAUGGUGGCAUUCCGCCUUACAUAGGAAGCUUAUCCAACCUAAUUCAUCUCAAUUUGUCUCAUAAUCGACUCGAAAGUGACCUACCUCUUUCAUUAGCAAAUCUGAGUGAGUUGCGCGUUCUAGACAUUUCUGAUAACUAUAAGAUUAAUGGUGUCAUUCCACCUGAAAUAGGGUACCUCCUCCAUUUGAUAGCUCUUGAUUUGAACUUCAAUAACAUCAAUUGCUCUCUGCCUGCCACUAUGGCCCAAUUAACAAGAUUGGAAAUCUUGAAAUUGGAUGGCAAUAGCUUGGAAGGUGUUUUUGAAGCAGGAAUUCACACGCUUCCUUCUAUCACAACCAUAGGCCUCAGUAAGAAUUCAAUCCACGGACGGAUACCUAUUCCGUUUGGAGAUGUUCCAAAUGCAUAG